GGACUUGCUUCUAAAUCGUGCACUAAAGAUGAUUGGAGGAAACAUCUCUGUUGCAGUUGAUAUACUGGAGACCAGAACAAAAGCAACUCCUGUCUUGCCACCAACGCGUUCAGUAGAUGGAGAUGGCAGAGGCGAAGGCUAUUUUUGUGUUGUUGUUGCUGGUUUAGGGAUCGGUUGUGAAGAAGAGGGAGAAGAGAGGGGGAAAGGGAAAUGCAGGAGAGGGGGAUAACUCUUUUCUCCGACAAAAAUGGAGUGAAGAAAGGAAUUAUGAUCAGUAA